ACUUGAGGGAUGUAAAUGAUGGUCCUUGUAUCCCGGAAUUGUUUAAAUGCUAAUUUUACCAUUCCACCUUUGGAUAUUUGUUGUAGAUGUUAGUCUCAGCUCAGAGGGUGCUAAAAUGGCUUACAAUCUUUGCUCCUCCCCUUCUUCUCUCUUCCAUGACCUUCCUUCCAUUUCUUCUUCUUCUUCUUCUUGUCGUAAGUUCAAACUUCGAAACUCGUCCUCUUUCUUUCAACCCUCUCCUUCUCCCACCCCCCAUUCCAAAACCCUUCUCCAUGUCUCCUUGCACGAACCCAUUCCCGAACACCUACCACCCCACGCAAAUUCCUCGUCUUCGUCGAAAAGUAAUUACAUCUGGGUCAACCCCCGAAGCCCCAGGGCCAAACAACUCGAGAGAAGAUCCUACGAUGCCAGGUACACUUCUCUUGUAAACCUCGCCCUCUCCUUGGACUCUUGCAAUCCCUCUCAGGAGGAUGUGUCUCUUGUUUUGAAGGAUUUAUGGGGUAGGGUCAUAGAGCAAGACGCUGUAAUUGUCAUCAACAACAUGUCCAAUCCUCGCGUUGUACCCUUUGUUCUCAAUUACUUUCAGCGUAGGAUUAGACCCACCAGAGAGGUCAUUCUCUACAACGUUACCCUCAAGGUGUUUAGAAAGAGCAAGGAUUUGGAUGCAAUGGAGAAGCUGUUUGAUGAAAUGCUCCAGAGAGGGGUGAGGCCUGAUAAUGUCUCUUUCUCCACUAUAAUUAGCUGCGCUAGGAUUUGUUCUUUGCCCAAUAAGGCUGUGGAGUGGUUUGAAAAGAUGCCAUCAUUCAGGUGUGAGCCUGAUGAUGUUACCUACUCGGCUAUGAUUGAUGCUUAUGGCAGGGCUGGUAAUAUUGACAUGGCUUUGCGCCUGUAUGAUCGUGCAAGGACCGAGAAGUGGCGACUUGAUAGUGUUACCUUCUCCACCUUGAUUAAGAUGUAUGGUUUGGCAGGGAAUUAUGAUGGAUGCUUGAAUGUCUACCAAGAGAUGAAGGCUCUUGGUGUUAAGUCUAACAUGGUUAUUUAUAACACUCUGUUGGAUGCCAUGGGGAGAGCUAAGAGGCCUUGGCAGGCCAAGAGUAUAUACACGGAGAUGACUAAUAAUGGAUUUUUGCCGAAUUGGGCAACUUAUGCGUCUCUCUUAAGGGCCUAUGGAAGAGGGCGCUACAGCGAAGAUGCUCUUUUUGUUUAUAAGGAAAUGAAGGAGAAGGGAAUGGAGAUGAACACUCAUCUUUAUAACACCCUUUUGGCCAUGUGUGCCGAUCUUGGCCUAGCCGAUGAUGCAUUUAAGAUUUUUGAAGACAUGAAAAGUUCUGCAACUUGCCUUUGUGACAGUUGGACGUUCUCAUCCUUGAUUACUAUAUAUUCUUGCAGUGGGAACGUUUCGGAAGCUGAAAGAAUGUUGAAUGAAAUGAUUGAGUCUGGCUUUCAGCCUACUAUUUUUGUUCUGACAUCGCUUGUCCAGUGCUAUGGGAAGGUUGGACGUACUGAUGAUGUUUUGAAGACAUUUAAUCAACUCUUGGAUUUGGGCAUCAGUCCAGACGACCGUUUCUGUGGUUGUCUUCUGAAUGUUAUGACCCAAACACCAAAAGAAGAGCUUGGUAAGCUAAAUGAUUGUGUGGAGAAGGCUAAUCCAAAGCUUGGGUCUGUGCUAAGAUAUUUGGUGGAAGGGCUGGAGGAGGGUGAUGGGGAGUUUAGGAAAGAAGCAUCUGAACUCUUUAAUUCAAUUGCUGAUGAAGUAAAGAAGCCCUUUUGCAAUUCUCUGAUUGAUCUUUGUGUCAACCUGAAUUUGUUGGACAAAGCAUGUGAACUUCUGGACCUGGGGUUGACACUUGAAAUAUAUACGGAUAUACAGUCCAAGUCUCAAACUCAGUGGUCUCUACAUCUAAAGAGUCUCUCGCUUGGAGCUUCGCUGACUGCAUUACAUGCUUGGAUAAAUGACUUGUCCAAGACUUUGGAAUCAGGAGAGGAUCUUCCACCACUGCUUGGAAUUAAUACCGGUCAUGGGAAACACAGGUAUUCGGACAAAGGUUUGGCAAAUGUUGUCGAAUCACAUUUGAACGAACUCAAUGCUCCAUUCCAUGAGGCUCCGGAUAAGGCUGGCUGGUUUUUGACUACACAGGUAGCAGCAAAGUCAUGGCUGGAGUCUCGGAAAUUGGUUACUGCAUAAUUUCUGAUCUCUAUGGUUUUUAGGUAGGCCAACAGCUUUUCUCCAUUGAUAAUGUAAUUUCAGGGAAUGAUAUGCCAUGCAGUUUUUAUGCAUUUUCCUUUGUCUUUUGAGGAAUUUUUUGUAUGCCUUAUAGAGUAAAUGAAGGUUCUAGUAUGGUGGCUACUGGCUAGGUUCUUUGCUUUGUGAUGUAGGAAAUUGUGAAUUUCUUCUAAAUAAAGGCAAACCCCAUGGGGCGUCCGCUUUUUAGAAGUUACUGCAUGGGUUAGGAAAAUAAAGGCGAUUGAUGGGUUUAGCUUUAUUUUGCAAAAUGUGUGAAAGUGAAUGUUCACAUAAAUGGAUAAAUGUAAAAAACUUGUUGGCACAACAGAAUUGUCAAAAAUUCCUAUUGAUGGCUGUUAGAAGCGUUGAUUGAGUAAACAUGCAAGUGGAAGUGAUAGUUGGCAUA